AUGCCCCCUCUUGCCUCUGACAUCUCCAACAAUGGCAGCAUCACACUCGCUCCUAAUCUCCAACUCCUCACUGACAUCAGUGACAAUGACAUUAUUCAACAUCCCAGCAACAACGUUACAAGGGCAUGGCAAUCAAUUCCCUUUGAUACCUCUACCCCUGUCCAAGAUGUCAAUCCCCUGGAACAAGUUUUACCCCAUUUUCCUGGAGCCUACACCAAUUUCAUUACAGGACCUCCUAUGGGCGUUCUCAUCAAUGGCAACCCAGCAUUUGGAUUGUGA